UUUUUUUUUUUUUGUUUUCUGAACUUCGAAACCAAACAGAAAAGAAAUUAUUGUUUUACUCAUACAUCGCCCUUCUUUUUUUUUUCUUUUUCCUCAACUUCUACUUUUACUGGCAUGCAACGUUCCAUAAAGGCAGCUUCUCAAGAAGAUGAAAUAAGUAAUAUUGACGCUCACUUGGAAUAUAUCAAAAAGGCUUUACGAUGGAGUAUUAAUGACUUGGAACGCUUUAUCAAUUUACUUCGAGCAAGGGUGAAUGCUGAAGAAUUAUAUGUAAAAUCAUUAUCUCAAAUCAGUCGACUAUCUACUAUUUCUGAACCUGAAGCAUGUCCUUAUUUUGGUCAAGAACAAUCAACUUAUGAACUCGCUACUUUUCAAUAUGAAAUAUCUUUAGAUAAGGUUAUUAAUUCAAGACGUGAUUUUAUUCAAGCUAUGAAAUCCCAAAUAGAUGUUUUAGUUAUAGUCAAGGACAAGCAAGAACAAAGACGAAAAACAGUGAAACAACACGUUGCCGACAAGAAUAUGGAUUAUACUUUGUACCGAACUCGCGAUUUUGUCAAGGCCAAGAAAAUGUAUUUCGGCAAAUGCAAUGAACUAGCUUUUGCACAACAACAAUUUCAUGAUAAUACAGAAUCAUUAACAGAUCAUGGAUUAUCACCAACUCCUACGGAUGAACCACGAAAAUCAAUAGAAAACGAUAAUGACACAGAUGGUAGUAGUAUAUCUUCUAUACCUGAUACAACUCAAAAUUCAACUACUACUAGUAUUAGUGGAAAUAGAAAAAAGAUGGGUGGAUUUAUGGCUCAAAUGCGAACUCAAAUUGCUGCUGCAACUGCAGGUACCAACGAUCUUUCCAAACAAAAUGCUCGAUUUGCCAAAAUUAAAAAGGAUAUACAUGAUACUGAUCACGAAUACAGACAAGGUGUACGCCAUUUGGAAAAAUUACGGAAAACUCAAAUUGAAACCAUGAAUCAGGCAAUGAAGCAUGUAGAGGUCGUAUUUUUGGACAAGGCCGAAGCUACUAGAUCUGUUCUGACAACCAUAUUGAACAAUGAACAUGCUGCUUUAUUAAGGGAAACUUCUUUGAUUCAACAUAACAAGAGUCGAGCAGAUGCUGUUGAUCCUCAAUUGGACGUAUCUCUAUUCAAAACUGAAUAUCAAAAGAAACACUUUACUCAACCAGAACAAAUAUAUUAUGAAAACUAUUAUAAUGGUGUUUAUAAAGAUGUCUUAUUUGGAGCUUCUUUGGAUGAAUAUGCAAUGGAACAUCAACGAACGGUACCUCUGGUGGUCAGUAAAUGUAUUGAAGCUAUUGAACAACUUGGUGGAUUACAAAAAGAAGGCAUUUAUAGAAUUUCAGGACGUCAGACUAAUGUGGAUGCGCUCAAAGCUGAAUUCGAAAAGAAUGAAGAAGUAUUCCAACCACAAACUCAUUAUGAUGUCUUCACCAUUGCCUCUGUACUCAAAAUCUAUUUACGUGAACUGAAAAUACCUCUAUGUCCUUACUCUGUGUCGGAUCGAAUGACUUAUUCCACUGUACAAAACACACAACAACGCAUCUCCUUCUUACAACACAAGGUAUCGGAACUGUCUCAACCUCGUCGAGAUACAUUGGAAGCAGUCGUGCGUCAUUUGGAAAAGGUCAAUGCACAUUCUGAUACCAACAAGAUGAAUAUACAAAAUUUAUCUUAUAUGUUCACACCAGCUAUUUUCCAUGAUCACAAUCAAGCUGAACAUCCUGGUGAAUGGCGAUCGGACCUUAUGUUUGAAGACCUCAUUUUGCACCAUGACGCAGUAUUUGCACCUAUCAGUAGACAGCAACCUAUUUCUUCUCCACCAACACCUUUGGCACAUGGUGAUUCAAGUGAUUUUAAGGAUUCCCUUACUGGUUCUGAUCAGGCAUCUGGACCAAAUGUACCUAUCAAAUCUGCAACAAACAAUAUUUCAGCCUCUACGCAACAAGGUCCACCAACGAUCAACAAACCCAGUCCUCCUCCACCUUCAACAUCCACGACAACUCAUCCUCCAUCAUCAUCAUCAAUGACAAUAACAACAACAACGACAACAACAACGACAAUACCUCCAUCCAACUUAACUACAGCACAAAUUCCAAUGGCAAAGACUCAAUCAUUUACACUUCCGAUUCCUUCAGCCGGUGGUACAUCAUUGGCGGCAACAAUAGAAAGUAUCGGCUUGACUAAAACACAUUCUACUCCUUCAACUCCCACUACCACUGAAUCAGCGCAGAAGCAACAACCUGAUUUAUUAGAUUCAGCAUCAGCGCCAUCAUCAUUACCAAUGUCAACGUCAUCUAGUGCAUCAACAGAACAAUCAAAACCACAAGGAUUAUUGCGACGGGCCACUUUGAAAGCAAGAUCAGCGAUCCCUCCUCGACAACAAUCAUUACGUUUAAAGCAUGGUCGUUCAACUGCCUCAACAACAGCAGAGCAACCAAUAUCAACGUCCUCUCUAUCUUCUUCUUCAUCACCACCACAUAUGGAAGAAACACUGACUUCGGUACCAGUACCUCUACAAGAUAAAUCAACUGUUAUCGAUUCAUCAGAAACAACCACCUCGUCAUCACCACCGACCUCUUUGGAAAAGACUUCUUCACCUCCAGCCUAGUAUCAUAUUAUCAUAUUACUUUUAGUGUUAUUACUAUUAUAUAGCUUAUUUUUUUUAUUAUUAUACAUCUUCUUUAUUUUUUUUUAUCUCUGGCUUUUGACUAAUAAAGUAUAUGUAUAUGUAUUUUUACGAA